AUGGCCGUCACCAAAGUCGCGCUCAAAUUUCAAGCCCUUAUCCUCGCGCUUCUUCUUUUCAUGUCCCCGCCAACCCAUGCCUUCUUUCGUCAUCUAUGUCACGGCGAACUAGGAAAUGGUCGUGUCGACCCCAUCAUGGCCCCCGGUAGCCCCGCUCAACAUCUUCAUGUUCUCUUUGGCGCUUCAAAUAUGGGACUUGAUCCUUCUCUUGGUGAUCUCCUUGCCUCCAACUGUACCAGCUGCUCCAUCCUCCAAGACCACUCUGUCUACUGGAGUCCACGGAUGUACUUUCAACAUGCAAACGGCACAUUUGAGAUGGUCCCAACUGCUGGCGGAUUGACUGCAUACUACUUCACCGAGCCAUCUCCAAAUGAGCCGAGUCCUGUGGUUGCCUUUCCUCAGAACUUUCGCAUGAUCGCUGGGAACUCUCUGAAGCGCGCCUUUUACGGACCGGACCCAGACCCGCCAAUGUCUCUCUGGAACGAUAGUGACAAAACUCAACAAGCACUUAUGGAGAAAGCCCUCGGCUUCAAUUGUCUCAACUACAACCUUCCUGCGGAAGGCGCACGAGAAUAUCACUAUCUCCGCAACAAGACUUUCCUCGACGCGACGUGUGCAGACGGAGUGCGCGCGGAACUCAUGUUCCCGUCAUGCUGGAAUGGAAAAGAUCUGGACAGUGCCAAUCACACAACUCACGUUGCGUACCCAGAUGAAAUCCAAAAUGGGAGAUGUCCAGAAGGGUAUCCCGUACACUUGCCCGCCUUAUUCUACGAAACAAUCUAUCAAACAAACCUUUUCAAAGGCAUCGAUGGAGAGUUUACGUUUGCGAACGGUGAUCCUACCGGGUACGGCUACCAUGGAGAUUUCAUGUGCGCUUGGGAUGAAGGUGUGUUGCAAAGUGCCAUCGACGACCCAGCCUGCAAUCUUCCGACGGGGACUUCAGGUAACCAAGACGACUGUCCAAUCUUCAAGCUCCAAAAGCCAGAUGAUGGUACACAAUGCAAGAUGGAGGUCCCUGAGAUGCUUCAAAAUGAGCAAAUCAACUUUGUCCAAGAGCUGCCUGGUAAGGUACGAGUUCAGGCCGGUCCUGCGCCUGCGACAAUGGGACCAAUCCCUGGGGCCGUCACACCAACUCAAGUCUCUUCAUCAUUCGGAAACGCCACCAUGUCAGCGCCCGCAGGGCAAACUGCUGGAUCCACGGCUUCGCCUGCUGUCACCUCGUUGACAACUCCACACACCACCAACAGUCGUUACACAACCACGACUAGCUAUAUGAGCAACGGUGUUAUGGUGAAAUUGAUCCUGGUUGAGGAAGUUGUCACAGUUACCUUGACCGACAUUGCCAGUCCUGCCACGACCUAUCACAAACGUCACGCACACCACCAUCUCCGCAGAAGCGGAAGAGAUCGGCUGUAA